GGGUUUCACAUCCUUCAUCGAUUAUCUCAGAGCUACUUGACAACAGAGACUAGCUUUAUCUCUGCUGUCUCUAUAGUUCCUGCAAGUCCUGAGGUGAACUUUGGACGCCAUGGUCAUAAUCAAUCACAGUCAAUAUCGAAUUAUGAAACGCAACAAUGGCGGCUAAGGACCCACAGAUAGUGAUAGUAGGAUGCGGGAUAUCAGGUAUAUCAGCGGCUCACCGGCUCGUUAAAGCUGGAUUUCAGCAUGUACGGAUACUUGAAGCGACUGAAAGAAGCGGAGGGAGAAUAAAAACGGCCAAACUGGGUAAUACCAUUACAGAUAUAGGUGCAACUUACAUCCAUGGUCCAUCUGAGGAGAACCCAUUGUUUUGUCUGGCUCGGGACUAUGGCCUCCUGGAUCCACAAGCCCUCAAACCAGAGAACCAGGCCUUGGAUGUUGAUGAAUAUCCCCCCUGGAUUCCCAACUGGUUCAGUAGUUCAGGUCAAAAGCUGAGUGCUGAAUGCAUGAAUGAUGCACUGGAGAUGUUUUAUGAGCUUAUGGAUGAAACCUAUAAAUCUAAGAACGACAAAGCAGGUGCCAGUUUUGGACAUUUCAUACGAUCACAGGCACAGAAACAGACUGCAAAGAAGUGGAAAGAUAAGGAUGAAACCACACGUCAGCUGCUGCUGUCUGCCAUCAGCACCAUGUUAAAGUGGGAGUGUUGUGCAAGUGCGACUCCCUCCAUGGAUGAGCUCGACCUGGCAGGAUUUUCUAUGUACAAGGGUCUGAAGGGAGUGGACUGCACACUUCCAAGGGGCUAUGAAGGCCUGAUCCAGAAGUUGUUGUCCGAGCUCCCCGCUGAUUUAGUGACCUACAAUCGGCCUGUGCGCUGUGUCCACUGGAACAACACAGAGAGUGGAGAAAACGCCGUGACAGUGGAGUGUGAUGACGGGGAGAAGAUUGCGGCUGAUCAUGUCAUUGUCACAGUGCCUCUAGGAUAUGUUAAGAAGCACCAUUCAGCCCUGUUUCAUCCUCCACUCCCGACCCACAAGCUGCAGUCCAUCCAGAAAAUGGGAUUUGGAACCACUGACAAAAUAUUUGUCGAGUUUGAGUCACCGUGGUGGGAUGCUGGCUGCGAGAUCAUCUACCUGGUGUGGAAAGAUGAGGAGGAUUUUUCAGACCGUGUGUCUGAUAUAAGCAAAUCCUGGAUAAAGAAGAUUUGUGUAUUCACUGUAAUCAAACCUUCUGACAGCCACGUUCUCUGCGGCUGGAUUUCUGGGCACGAGGCUGAGUAUAUGGAGACACUUCCUGAUGACGAAAUCAUGCGUUCCAUCACAGAGCUCAUCCAUACGUUCACAGGUCACCCAGCAAUAGGCUGUUCAGCAAAGGACCUGGAGAACAUGAUGGAGCCCCUGCCUACGAAGGGAGAAAAGUCGCAGCCCCUGCAGGUGAUGUUUGCUGGAGAGGCGACUCAUCCUGACUACUACUCUGCCGCCCAUGGAGCGCUGCUCUCCGGGUGGAGAGAAGCUGAUAGACUCAUCACUCAUUACUCCUAAAAAAUGACUAGGUUAGAAAUCAAUAGUUAACAACAGACAAGAGCUAUCGAUGGUGAACAGAUCAAAGGGGCAAAGGAAAGGCAGAGUUUAAAGGCAGGCAGGGAAUUAAGAGGGAACGCUAUAGCAGGUAAUAUGUAGUAGAUAAUCAGACAGUAUAUUCAUCGAACUGGGUCAGUGUACAUGCUGUGGGGUUUAUGAUCGUCAGCUGGCUGGGUGAAAGUGCAAUUCAGGUGACUGGAAGUGUCAUGGCCUGACAUGACGAAGAGUUGGUAAAUGGAGAAUAAAAGACAGACAUGAAUGUGAUAAUCUAGCACAUACUUGGACAAAAGCUAAAAGGUUGCUUGAGGAGAAAACAGCAUAGAACGUUAUGAAUCCUGAUGGAAAUUCAUGUGUCAGAUAUUGCACAGUGCCUUCCCAAAUCUGCUGUAUCUCCGGUGUCCAAACAUCCACACAGGCUGGAAUUGUUUGCACUUUCUCGCAUUGUGAUGAUGUAUGUGAUGUACAAUUAAAUGGUAGUUCAAAUAAAAUGUAAAUUGAGUCAGACUCAGGAAGAACAAGAAUCAAUACAUGCUGUUUAGGUGUCAGUUUGCUCUUUGGUAACUAUAAAGUGACUGCAGAUAUAAUGUAUAAGCAGAGUACCUAAUCUUUUUCAAUUAAUCACAGGACACUGUGUCAGUGAGCCUCUUCAUUAAAAAGGAGGGAAAGUAGAUUUACAUGAUCUAAGAAGUGUCUUUUUUAACAAUAGUUAUAAGAACUGUUUUAGAGGCCUUUCAGAAAAUGCACAACAGCACAUCUGUGAACUGAAUUGAUUGGUUGUCCAGUAAUUAUACUAAAUAAAUGAAAUAUGAAAUGAUGGGGCAGGCUCAAUAAAGAAUAUUCAGUGCUGUAAUUUGUCACAAAAGUCUGGAAACGAUGGAACAAUUUGCCUCUUUGUUAAUUGAUGUUAUUGAAUAAAUUAAAUCUCAGACAACCACAAAAAUAACAUGAAGUUAUUGCGUUUUUCUAUGUGAGUAAAAGAAUGUUUAAUGUAAUUAUUUACAGAUUUAAGCACAUAUAUGUGUGGUAUUGAAAUGUAAUACACUGUUUAUUCUUAUGGAAAUUAAAUUGCUGCCAAAG